AUGCCUAAUCAAUUGAGAGAGUCUAACCCUAUUCUUACUUCCAUCUCAAACUGGAUUCUUGCUAAAAGCCAUGAGAUCGCAUAUGCCCGUUCAAAUAAUGGCGGAUGGGAAGGUUGGUCGCAAGUCGAGCUGGCAUGGGCCUUAACUCGUGACCACACCUAUAAAUACAAUCAGGGCUCUGACAUAAUAAUCAAACGAGAGGCCCGCCUGUUCGAACAGGAUUCGCUCAAAGCCGAUCUUGAAAUCUCCGGGCCAGGUGGUGUGGUGUUUGAGUUGAAAUGUGAAAGAGGCCCUCAAAUGGUACAUGGCAAGGAGGACAAGACGACUCUGAAAAGUUCAGCUGGGCAGUUUUUCACCGGACUGAAAGCCGACCAGGUGAAGGUAGCUGGACUUAGAGCUACUACAAAUAUCACAGCUGUAUUUGUGAUUGGAAUUUCUGUCACAAAAGAGGCUCAUGAUAGAAUGGCUGGAAUAAAGGAAAACGAAAAGCCGUUUAAGUUAUAUACUAUGAUCGAGGACGAAACCGAAACCCCAAUUUGUUUAUGGUGGUGGCAAGGGUCUAUGCCAGUAAGGGAGUCUGAGCUCGAAGAGGAAAGGAAGGAAUAA